GAAGGCACAGGCAGCAGAGAUGGGCCCCGUGAGCACACGCAGGAGCGGCCUCCAGCUAGAGAUCAGCCUGAUCCUUUUCCAACUCGGUGUGGUGGGUGCCUGUACUGUGUAUGUGCUACAACCAGGUUACCUAGAGGUGGACUACGGUUCUGAUGCUGUCACCAUGGAGUGUAACUUUUCUACAGUUGGAUGCCCUCCAGUGCCACCAAAGAGCUUGUGGUUUCGCUGUGGUACUCACCAGCCUGAAGCUCUGUGCUUGGAUGGAUGCAAAAAUGAGGCAGACAAGUUCACAGUGAAAGAAACCCUGGACCGGGACCAAGUCUUCCUCACUGUUAACAGGCUGUCUCCAAAUGACAGUGCAAUUUACAUCUGUGGAAUAGCGUUUCUCGAUGAACUGUCACCAAGCGCUAAACACACUGGAAAGGGGACUACCCUGGUGGUAAGAGAAAGACUUUUCAGCAAGGAGGUGCGCAGUUUCCUGAUAGUGCUCUUAGCUCUGCUCUCUGUCUACGUCACCGGUGUGUCUGUGGCCUUCAUAGUCCUCUUCAAAUCAAAAUCCAACGGUCCAAGAAGCAGAGAAACCAAAGGCUCAAAAAAGAAGAGUGCUCGGCGCAUCUUUCAGGAAAUUGCUCAAGAAUUAUACCAUAAGAGAUACGUGGAAACAAGUCAUCUACCUGAGGAGGACGGACGGCACUGAUGAAAACAGAAAAGCACUCCCCAACCCUGGAAGAGCAUAGAUGUGCUUACUUUUCACUUAAACCACUGACAGUGCAACUCCAGAAUCUACGGCAAUAUGAAUGGACAUACAGAAAUCAAGACAACAUCAAAGAGAGCUGGGGUAUAGCUCAGCUGGCAGAGUGCUUGCCUAGUAGGCACAAAGUCCUAGCUUUGAUCCCCAGCACCACAUAAACUCAGCAAAGUGAUACAAGCCUGUAUUCCCAACAUUGUGAAGUAUAAAGAGUCAGAAGUUCAAGGUCAUCCCUGAGUAUAGGAUGAACCUGAAGUCAGAGACACAUCAUCUUGUCUCAAAAACAACCACUACCACCAAAAGAAAAGGACAGGACAAGUGGGAAAACAGCUGGCCACGCCAGACGGCAGAGCGUAAGUAGCUGUCACCAAUUGUAGCUACAGAAUAUGAAAACCUCAAGAAAACUCAACUGGAGGACGUUUUUCUAAUUUUCCAGGAAUAGUCUAAAAAGCCUCAUUUUGAAGAAAAAACUUCAUCUUAACAGUUUUUUAAAACUGUUACCAUGUUUAUGUUGUCAGUCCACCCAACAUACUAGAUGUGUGAUAGCCAUUAACUGAGAGAAGGUUUCAAGUUAAACCAGAGAUCUCAGUUCUGAGGGGGAAUAAAUACUUCCCUGAGUUGUAAAAAUGAUGAAACAAUUAGAAUCAAGUGAGAAGGGCAAAAAGAGUAAGGAGAAGAGCAAUUUCUGAAUAAGAGAAACUCAUUGUGAAGAGUAUCUUGGAACAACAAGUGAUUUCUUCUGAUACUGUAAUGGAGCCGUGGGCAGUGAACAUUCUCCAGCUGAGGUAUACGAAACAACUUAGGUUGUACCACCAACAAAACAAUACUACAAGAGACCAGAGGACGACUACAAACAGAGGAAACCCAAAGCCUAUCAGAAAAUGCCUCAGGAAUGCAGACAACUGACUCUAGAUGUCAGUGUGGUGCCAAAGAACUGCAGCCCCAGUGAGCUUGAAAGGAGGGUUUGAUACAACAAGGGCCUCACUAUCUCACUGAGGUGACCUGAGCCAGGCAUGCUGGUGCACACCUUUAAUCCUAACACUAAGGAGGCAGAGGCAGGUGAAUU